GAAUCGACUGGCAGAAUGCGGCUUCAAGGUUUGACAGGUUACAGCAGACAGUUCAUUCCGAACUACGCAGGUAAAACCGCCCCUUUAAGGGACCUGAUUAAGAAAGUCGGUGCUCGAAACCUGAGGGCUGAGUUGUCUUGGACACCGGCCACAGAGUCCGCGUUCAUUUCAUUGAAGCAGGAUUUGUCGAGGGCCACUGACUUGGCCACGCCAAAUUACGAUGAACCAUUCUACCUGGAUGUUUCUGAAACAAAUGACAUUGUAAAUGGUGUAUUGUUUCAGAAAAAAGGGGGGAGUAGAGAUGUGCUCAUGUAUGUUAGCAUAAAAUUGGGCCCAAUAGAAGCAAGACACCCAACAUGCACACGACAUGCAGCAGGGGUCGCAAAAAUCAUUCAGAAAACAGCACACAUAGUAAGGGAACACCCACUGAAAGUGCUCACCACACACAGUGUGGUGGCUUACGUGAACUCACAGGCGUUCACAAUGACCCCACUGAAACAACAGAGGUUGAGCAAAGUUUUAGAUGCACCUAACCUGACAUUCACACAUGAAGGGAUUAACAUGGCAGAUUUAAUGGGGUCAGGGGAACCACAUGAUUGCGUGAAGAGAGCCCAGGUUGAAGAGAAAGUGAGAGAGGAUCUAAAAGCGGAACCCAUAGCAGGAGCAGAGGAGUGGUUCACAGAUGGAUGCUGCCACAGAGAUGAAGAAGGACUUAAAGCAGGGUAUGCUGUAGUUCGCAGAGUAGGACAGGAGUAUCAGGUAAUAGAGGCAGGAAGGAUUGAGGGACAGCAGUCAGCCCAGAGAGCUGAAGUGAUAGCCCUGAUCCGAGCGCUGCGGUUGGCCAAGAACCUGAAAGUGAACAUUUACACUGACUCAGCAUAUGCGUUUGGAGCCGCACAGGUGGAGCUGGCUCAGUGGAAGAGAGCUGGAUACAGAACUGCAACCAACGCACCGAUCUGCCACAAGAAGGAAAUGGAGGAACUGGAGAAAGCCCUAGAGGAUCCAGAUGAGGUGAGUAUUGUAAAAUGCAAAGGACACUCACAGGGAGAUAAUCCGGUGGCAAGAGGAAACCGGACAGCGGAUGAAGCUGCAAAAAAGGCCGCAGGCUACAAAGGACAGAGACAAAUGGUGCAGGUAACGGCAGAAGAGGAGGGGAGCACCAACACCUUGGAGGAGGUCAGACAGGCUCAGAAGGAAGCAUCCCCAGAGGAAAAGGGGGUGUGGCAGGCUAGAGGAGCCUGGCAGGAGGAAGGCCUGUGGAGGAGCCCGGACGGGCGUCCAGUUUUGACGACCAAAAUGGCAAAGCAGAAGGUAAGUGAAGCUCACGGACUGGGCCACGUGGGUAUAAAACAAAUGGAGAAAAACCUGUGUCGAUGGUGGCACCCGGAAUUAAGGAACAUGGUACAGGAGAAGGCCAGAACAUGUCUAAUCUGUGGAGCACACAAUCCCAAACCAGCAGUGAAACCAGAGCCGGGUAAGUUUUUGAUGCCUGAGAGACCAGGAGAGGAGAUUGUUAUUGAUUUCACUGACAUGAUUGAGACAGGCCCCGGUGGUGUGAGGUAUUUGUUGGUGUGUGUUGAUGCCUUGACCGGCUGGCCCGAGGCUUGGCCAACCCGGAAGGAAGACGCAAAGAGUGUAAUAAAGUGUUUGAUUAACCAUUACAUUCCGCGACACGGGUUUCCCCGAAGGAUUAGAUCAGAUAAUGGCACACACUUUAAAAACCAGGAUCUGCAAGAAGUAGAGAGAAUGUUGGGAGUGCAGCAUAAAUUUGGGACAGUGUAUCAUCCCCAGUCUCAGGGAAAAGUAGAAAGAAUGAAUCUGAACUUAAAAAAUAAGAUGGCUAAAAUAUGCGCACAAACAGGGUUAAACUGGGUAGCUGCACUCCCCAUUGCUUUGAUGACCAUACGAUGUUCUGUGAAUCAGUCAACAGGCUUUACCCCGUACGAGCUGCUGACCGGGAGACAGUUUCCAGCCCCUUGGACAGUGGUCUCGGCGGAGCAGCCCCAGAAAAGGAACAGGUCUCAUGCUGAAUAUUUUAACGAGUUGAAAGCCCUUGUGUCCAGUUUCACAAAACAGGUGACGUGUGAGAACCCCAGAGAGAAAGGAGAGGUCCCUGACGCCAAGGCGGUGUGGCUAAAGGUCAUCAAACGCAAGUGGAAGGAACCCAGGUGGACAGGUCCAUACGAGGUGACAGCUCGGACGGCUACAGCGGUCCAGUUGAAAGGGAAAGGCGACACCUGGUUCCACUGGACGCAGUGUGCGGCAGCAGACGAGAGCCUAGUGGACGAGGACUCGGCUCCACCGGACACGGGGGGCAACAAAUCUAAGAGGCAAAAUAAAUCCUCUCCCCCGUGCAACGGGCCGAUCGGUAGUCUACCCGAAAGGCCGAAGCAAGAAGAACCGCUGAGGAGGAGGUCGCCGCGCCUGCAGAAAGGAGCAACCACAAACUGAGUGGCCGGAGAAGGGUAGCUGAAAAAGAGAAAAAGCAAGCAGCAAAGAGACACAGAAAAACCACGUUUUGUAUUCUUUUAUUUUUAAUCAUUAAAUACACGCUGAAAAAUGCCACGCCGUGAAUUAGAUCCUCAUGAAGAGAGGGCACAAAUUAAAAUAUUACUUGUUAUUGUGAGUUUGAUGUCUGUGAUGAUAUUAAUUAUGGCCGUAUGUUUGCUCGUUUAUACUUUGCAGAAAAACCCAAGCGAACUGUCCGGACCCGGAGGCCAGCCCACUCCAGCACCACAAGAGGGAUCGUUCACCGAAACGGGGCCGAGGGUGAGAACAAAACGUGAGAUCUCGGGUACAAAGGAUGGGUGUCUCAGCAGAUAUAAGGGGCUAGAGCUGGACUACGUUAAAGGGUCCACAAGUGCGUAUACGUUUGACUUAUGUGAAAUAAUAGAUUGCGAAGGGGCAAACGGUAGCUGGAGGGGAUAUGAUGUGUGGAUUUGUAGCCACCCUUACAUCUGCACGCGGGCAGGGAGCCCUCACUCCAGUCGGGGAAGUCACGCUGUCCUGGGGUCUUAUACUGCAGGGCAGUGGUGUAUUCCUGGUUGGGGGAAUGUGGUAGGAUGGACCGGAGUGGGGUGGCAGCCGCAAGUGCCUGAAGGGUUAAAAGGGAUAGCAAUACAGAGGGAUUUUUCCACUUCUCAGAACCCCAUCACCCUUUCCCUGGGUCCUUGGAAUGCUCUCCCUAGGUCAGAAAGUCCGGGAGGUGUGUUUUAUCUGGUAAUCGGGAUAGAUAUGGUGGGAACAGAUCCGACAGGGGUAAUUAGGAUAAAUCUUGUCAACCCAAAACCCAAGCCAGUAGGAAACGAGUCGUCCACCGCAGCACCAGAGGAACGGGAACCAAAAGCCAGGCGAGUCCUCACGGUAGAUUAUACGAGGUUAAAACCAAAGGAUUUGAUAGAACGCGCCACCGGGUUCAGUGACAGCAACCUGUGGCUGGACUGGAUGGCAUUAAAUGCCGAGGAGCAGCAAGUGUCAAAUUGUGUGGCUUGUGCGUCGGCUAGACCACGUUUGUUCACAGAACCUGCACCACUACAUCCAGAGGAUCAGUGGGGCUAUGACUGUAUGCUGCAACUGACUAGAGGAGUGGUGAGCACUGGAAACUGCACGGUGUUGUCCAGUUUAUUUCCCCCAACCGAUAAACAUACGAAGGCGGGACCAUUUAUGCCGAAAAAAGAUAAUUAUACGUGUUUUAAGUUCUCCACAGAUCACGUGAAAUAUGAGGUGGGAGAAAUUGACUCAAGUUGGUGUUCGGUUACCAAAACGGGGAGAACCACAAACAAUGUAAGUGAUGCAAACACUUUGAUUGGGACCUGGGCUAGAAGUGGGCUUUAUUAUUAUUGCGGACAUAAAACUCUUUUGGCUCGUGUUCCUCUGGGAAGCGUGGGGACGUGCGCAAUGGUGAGGCUAGGUGCGCCACUUAUGUUAAUAGGAAACCGGGUGAAGGCAUUCCCAACGCACGACACACGCACACUGACAGCUAGGCGCAAGAGACACGUUCUGGUAAAAAGAGGGGCUGAGGGAACACAUGCUUAUGAUCCUAGGAUGGACUCGCCGACCUGGAUAGACUCAAUAGGAGUGCCCCGGGGAGUUCCAAAUGAGUAUAAGCUUGCAGAUCAAAUAGCUGCCGGGUUUGAAAAUAUUCCAAUAAUCGCUGCUCUCUUUCCUGUGACCCCUAAUAAGAAUGUGGAUAGAAUUAAUUAUGUUCACUAUAAUCUGCUGAGACUCUCUAACCUUACUCGAGAUGGGA